UAAAUAAAAAAAUCAUAUUUAUUUAACUUAAAAUAUACGUGUCAUGCUUCCUUAAUAUUUUUGUAUCAGGGUCGAACUAAAAGAUUCUAUUCGGAACAUUUUCCAAGACUUUUACUGCAAAGUGAUGUUUGUUCAUUUUACUUGCUACAUAUUGGCUUGCACAAAUUUGGUUUGCGCAAUGCUUUUGUGUGGUUUAGGGGCAGGAUUAAAAAACAUAACCAAAACAUAUGUGGGCAAGUAAACAAACGCGAAUUAGAAUAGAUAAAUACGAGCGCGAUAAUAAAUAUCAUGAAAGCCAUAAAUCCCGAAUUGUUAUUUGAGCAUCGGCCCCAUGAAAAUAUUUUAGGCUUAUUUGAAGAGGAAAAGCAGUCCCCUCAUGGAUUUUUGCGCGUCAGUGCCCCUAUGGUGCGUUAUAGCAAGUUGGAGUUCAGGCGGUUACUCCGUCAACAUGGUGUUAAAUUGGCCUUUACCCCUAUGGUUAUUGCAGACUCAUUCAUUCAUAGCCAAAAAGCCCGUGAUAAUGAAUUUACAACAUGCUUGGAGGACGUUCCAGUUAUAUCACAGUUUGCUGCACGUGAUGCAUAUGAAUUCUCCGUAGCUGCUCAAUUAAUUUUUCCAUAUGUGGAUGGCGUAGACCUGAAUUGUGGCUGCCCACAAUCAUGGGCGAUGUCAAAAGGUUAUGGGUGUGGACUCUUAAGACACCCAGAACUAGUACGAGAUAUUGUACAAACAACUAGACGUGUUUUACCACAACACUUUAGCAUAUCGGUAAAGUUGCGCUUGCUCAAUGGCUUUGCAGAAGAAUCCAUCAGAUCUACAGUGGAAUUAGCACGGCAGCUUGAAAAAUGUGGAGCUACUUUUUUAACUCUACACGGUCGAACAAUGUGGCAGAAAAUAUCCGAUCCCCUUAAUAUAAGCGCAAUGGCUGAGGUUAAGAAAUCAAUUCAGAUUCCACUGGUGGUUAAUGGCAACGUUCGCAGUUUGGAAGAGGCGAAGGAUUUGCAUGAAAAAACGCAAGCUGAUGGUAUAAUGGCAGCGCGAGGACUCCUCUCAAACCCAACACUUUUUAACGGACAGUUGAAAGAGAGAGAUACGCCUGUAGAAUGUGUGCAGCAAUGGUUGGAUAUUGCAACGCGCGCAGGAGAUAACAUACAUUUCCAAUGUUUUCAUCAUCAUCUUACAUUUAUGUGGAGCAGCCAUAUGAAACGAAAAUUACGCCUAGAAUUCAACAGCUUCACCAACAAGCGACAAGUGUUUGAUUUUUUUGAAGAACGGUACGGUUUAAAACCACAAGCGGAAUCCCAUACUAGUCCCCUCGAGUAUACAAAAUGCGUUUAUCCUCAAGUUGAAGAGACUUCUAGCGUUGACUUAACUCAAAAGAUGCCCAAAUGGAAUGAGAACUCUGAUGGAAAAUUCUUUAAAGAAUUCAAAGAGGAUGUAUCGAAGAACAAGUCCAGCGAGCAAGAUGAUUUUGAUUUAGAGGGUAGUUUUUUUUCAAUAUUAGAUUGAUAUUCUUGAAAAUGAACAUAGAAUAUAGAAAAAAAAUCUAAAAUUUUAAAUAAACAUUCGAGGUAUUCGUGUUUCCAUAAAAAUGUAAACCGAAAAUGCAAGUAAAUAAGUUCAAACGGUUUAUAACUGUUAUGGGUGGCAACGCAACUCAGUUGCCAGCUUUCAGUUGCCAGUUGCCAUCUGUAACACCAUGUGCAAUCUCGU